AUGGAUACCACAGCGUUUGUGAAGCAAUUAGCUUCAAACAAUAGAAAAGUUAGAGAUAACGCACUUGAAACUGUGCAGAAAUAUCUCUGUACAAAAUCUUUCAAAGAGACCAAACAAAUACAGUUUAAUAAAUUAUGGAAGGGACUGUACUUUGCUAUGUGGUUUAGCGACCGCCCCAGACCACAACAGAGACUUGCGAACGAGCUUGCGGAACUCCACUUGCUAUACUUUGACGAGCGCGACAAUAAGUCAGACGUACUGACCACCAACGAUAAAGCGUUUCUAAAGUUUAGCAGAGCUUUUUGGAAAGUGUUGUCCGCUGAAUGGCUCAGUAUCGAUCGGUACCGUCUAGACAAGUUCCUGCUACUUGUGAGACGAGUACUGUUCAACCAACUGAAAUAUUUACAAGCAAGAAAAUGGGAUGGUACAUUAGUGGAAGCAUAUAUAAACAAAGUCCUGAAGUGGUCGCCUCUGAGCGGCAAUCCCAGGGUCUCUAACGGAAUCCCACUUCAUGUGAUCGAUAUCCUGCUGGAUGAAUGGGAGAGGCUUUUGAUCUCGGAAGACGAGGACACUAAUGAGGAAGUUGACUUGACCCCGUUGGUCGACCAGACUCCAUUAGCUGAUAUUAUAAAUAUUUUCACCGAAUUAUAUUUGAACACAGAUAACAGUAAAGUUCUUAGAAAAGCUAUCAAGGAAAACUUAUUCACAGAUGAACGUCUUGUCAGAUGGGAAAUUGAUUGCGGUUUUCCAGAAAAAAAGAGCAAUAUUGAUGAAGCUCAUGAGGAAACCUCAGAAGAUCCAGCCGACGAAGAAGCUGAGGAAUGGCACGGAUUUUGA